CAUGUGAUCAGAAAGAGGAGGAGAGAUAGGGCAUGGCUCAGUUCUAACUUUAUAAUCAGGUAGUUUAUAGAAAUGAAAUAGAAAUCACACUCAACCUCGAAGGUAGCACAGAGCCUCCAAAAAGAAAAAAAGAAAAAAGAAGAGGCCAUAGGAUGAACAAAUACAUGGAUUGAAAUGUACAAGAUCUCAGGACUGCACUCAGUAGACACAUGAGAGCUGUUCUUCAACAUGGAUGAAGAGACCCAUCAAGGCUUAUUAGGGCCUAAAGGACAGAUACAUUUAAGGUCAUCCAUGAACGCAAACCAUCUUUAUGGCUCCAUCGCCGGCGAUCCAGAAGAGACCCAAACCCUCAUCAGUAAUACAAACAGCAGUAUGCCUUCACGCCGAAGAGCUUACAUCGCCGUCGCUGUGCUGUGCUACGUGAACAUGCUCAACUACAUGGACCGCUACACCAUCGCAGGAGUUCUGUCUAGCCUCCAGAAUUACUUUAAUAUCAGCGACAGCACAUCUGGACUAUUACAGACAGUUUUUAUCUGCAGUUUCAUGCUGCUGGCUCCAGUCUUCGGGUACCUCGGAGACCGGUAUAACAGGAAGCUGAUCAUGGUGGGCGGGAUGAUCGCAUGGAUUAUCAUAAGCCUGGGCAGCUCCUUUAUCACAGCAGAGUACUUUUGGGUGCUGGUUCUCAUGCGGGCCUUGGUCGGCAUUGGAGAGGCCAGUUACUGCACCAUAGCUCCAACCAUUAUCGGAGACUUGUUCACUGGCUCCAAAAGAACCAUCAUGAUCUCCUUCUUCUACAUUUUCAUCCCUGUUGGAAGUGGUCUUGGGUACAUUCUGGGAGCAACAAUUGCUACUGCUACAGGAGACUGGCAUUGGGCCCUCAGGCUGAACCCAAUUUUGGGCGUACCAGGGGUGAUCCUUCUUGUGCUCCUGACCCCCAACCCUCCACGAGGAGGCGCCGAAACCAAUGGAGAAGCAUGCAUAGAGAACACGUCUUACCUAGAAGACAUCAAGUAUCUACUCAGGAACCGAAGCUUUGUAUGGUCAUCUUUGGGAGUGACCGCCAUGGCUUUCGUCACAGGUGCUUUGGCUUUCUGGACCCCCACCUUUAUGUCUCGUGCUCGAGUCAUCCAGGGCAUCAUUCCUGCAUGCUCUAAAGAACCAUGUGACCCUUUAGACAGUUUCGUCUUCGGAGGAAUCACGGUGGUGACGGGAUUUGUGGGUGUUUUCAUCGGCUCCUUAAUAUCUAAGAAGCUGAAAGACAGAGUGGCCAAUGCUGACCCACUCAUCUGCGCUGUGGGAAUGCUUAGCUCUUCUCCCUGCUUGUUCAUCGCCAUGAUCCUUGCAUCCAUCAGCAUUCCUGCUACAUAUACAUUUAUUGCUAUUGGUGAAAUCCUACUUUCUCUGAACUGGGCAAUUCUAGCUGACAUCCUACUGUAUGUUGUUAUACCAACCCGAAGGUCAACAGCUGAAGCGUUACAGAUUUUAACAUGUCAUCUGCUUGGUGAUGCAGGAAGUCCAUACCUCAUUGGCAUAGUCUCAGAUGCUUUGAGUAAUCUUGAACCUCAAUCUCCUGUCUGGAGAUUCCGCAGUCUGGAGUACAGCGUCAUCAUCUGUCCUUUUAUUGGUGUUCUGGGAGGUCUUUUCUUCCUCCUGACUGCCCUUUAUAUCAAAGAGGACAGGAAGGCUGCUGAGAUGCUGAUGAAAGGAGAAACUCCAGACCAAGCUGAACCUCUCAUAGAGUCGACCUGACCCUGAGCACACACUCAAACACAAGAAGAUCUGAACUCAUGGAGCUCAUAGGCACUGCUCUGUAUAUAUGGCACAGUGAUUUCCUUUUAAUAUGUUUUAAUAACAUUUUUAUUGGUGGAUAUUUCUAGAACAGUUUUGUGGUUAUAUACAGUACAAUUACAAUCCUUUCAAUGGUCCAUUGCUAUGUCUGUGUGUAUACUCAUCAGGUCAACUCCUUCUGUGAACUUUAAUUCUCAGAACACACUGCGGUCUACAAACAUGGCUGCCAUGAACUACAAUCAUAUGACAAUACAAUCAAUCUAGCUCGGAACACCAUCUGCAGGUUCACAGGCUUUCAGCGCUAACCACACACACACACACACACACACACACACACACACACACACACACACACACGAGUAAUUCAAUUACACAAACCUAUGCGUUUUGUCUGUUUAUUGCAUUUUUAUUAUUUUUUUUACUUUUUUUUUUACCGUCUUGUAAAGUUUUGUAAUUGUCUGCUUGAAUUAUUAAAAU